CAACUGUAUGUAUGGGUUCACCGUGUCACUUAAACUAGUUUAUGCUUCUUUCAUUUAUCAAGGACAUUUAUUUGAGUGUUCUAGUGACAUCUUCAAAAUGACGAAAUCUAUAUUCCUUAUAAUUCGAAGGUUGGAAGGAGAUGUGCAACUAUGAAUAUUGUGUAUUCAAUGAAACUACUAAUAUUGACAUUUCCGACAACGAACAAUCCUGUCAUAAACUAGUUAGUUCCAAUAACUCGAGUUAUUGAGACUAACUGGUUUAUGACAUGGUAUCAGAGCUGAUUUGGUCAAGUGGUAAGUGUGAAAGAGCGCGGGCUAACAAGCUCAAAGGCAACCACUAUCAAUCGGUCCUGAGGCCGUGUACCAUCAAUGACCCAGAGUCCAAACCUCUAUGGGCCUUAGAUAGUCCAUGGACUGAAAGUUCCACGAAACAUCACAUUGGGCCUUGGUCCACAUCAACAUCUAAGUUUUGAAACCUCAUCUUGCCAGUUUCAUGUUCCCGCCAACUCCAAGCCUCCCGAAUUUCCCCCUUCUUCAAUCGCGAAAACCAUCAAAACAAAAAUCCCUUUCUCCUACUUCUCCCUUCGCAGAAGAGAAGCGCACGAGUGGGAGAGCGCAGCAGCGGGUUAACGAGAGCUAAGAGGUCGAUAACGAGGUCAACUAGUGUAUAACGUUUUCGGGACAAGCACGUCUGCAAAGGGGAGCAGACUGAAGAGAUCAAUCUGUAGCGGUCGGAAGGAACUAAGGAGGAGAAGAGAAAUUGAAGGUGCAAGAUCGAGAAUCAGCUCGGAGAUUUAUGUGCCCGUGAAGUUGAACUGAGCAAGAAGUUCGCUGGAGUUGGAAGUUCCUUUUGAUGGAUGUGGAAAUUGGGGAUGGAUUCACGGCCACCGAGUCCGAGUCCUUUCGAUCCCAAGGAUCUUCAAGAGGUCCCAGUCUAUUCAUCAAGGAAAUGGUGAUGAUGAAUUUCGAGUCUUACGUCGGUGAACAACGCCGUCGGAUGGUGCAUUAUAGCACCCAUGGGCCUUGGUGUCGCGUAUAGACUUAGUAAUUAGGAUUAUUAUUAGUUAAUUGUUAAGUUAUUAUGAUUAUUCUUAUUAGUUUAUUAUGUCUUGUUGAGUAAGUUACUGUUUACUUGUUGGGUUGGGAUUAGUUUACCUUAUUUGAGAGGGAAAGGGUUUGUAGAGUAGUUCUAUAAUUAUGUACGUUGUUCUUUGGUUUUAGUACGUCGAUGAAUAAUAAACCAGUUUAGUAGUAUUCAUGGUAAUUUAGGAGUAGAAGUAAAGUAGAUUAUCGUUCUCUCGACGCAUUAGAAAUUAUAAUGCGCCAAUUGGUAUCAGAGCCUGGUUACGAGGCGAUGAGCACCGAAUGGCUCUCAAGGGAUGACCUCAAUCGGCUGAUUCGGCUGACCGAAAGCGCCCUGUCUUGUUGCGGAAGGUUCGUGGCAGCCUGUGACAGAGCUACUGCAUCUGUCGCCCUCACCACCCCGUCGCCACCAGUGCCCACCUCCAUCGUACCGCCGCUGCCGCCAUUUGAAGCGCCGCAUGACGCCGUUUCGCACGCCACAAUCAAAGUUGAUUGGUCUCGCUCGAUCACCCCCACCAUCACCCUAGAAGCACCGUCCACAUGGCUGCCCACUCCAAGACCACCACCGAAGGUCAUCAGACCACCACCGCCGCCUGUUGGAACCCUAACCCUCGAGGGUAUUACCUUGGGGAUGACCACCACGCCGACGUCGUGCAUAGACAUCUGCCUUAAAGGGGGGAGGCGAUUCUAUCUUAGAAAGAAGAGGAAGAAACGGCGUAAAGCUGCUGCUGAAUCCGCCUGGGAACCCCUGCGGCCGCGAGAGGAAGGCCUCGUCGUGUUGGGAAUUAGCCAAGGAGGACUCACAGCCGCACACGAGCUCACUGCGCUCCGGAUGGGAAACGACGAGCAGCCCUAUGCGGGGUCUUCCGCGAACGAGCCAUGGCCAGCGAAAUACUUGUCCGAGAACGUGGGAAGCUCACUAGUCUCCAAGAACGGAUCGAUGGGGCAGGAUCGGGAGAGUCUUCGAGUGGGAGGCGAAGAAGACAAGCCGCUGCAGUCUUCUGAUAUAACCACGACAGCAGCAACAACUAUUAACGUACCAGUUGCUGAGACCCCAACAAAGCCAGCGAAUUUGGUGGAGUCGUCAUUGACUGUCAUCACGGCCACAUGGUAUAUAUUACCCGUCCCACCCAGCUUCCGUAUGGGUAGUAAUCUUGUUCCAGAGCCGGCGCUUGCGUCCGCUUCAGCUGCUGUUCCGUCCCUCUUCCCGCCACCAAUCACAAGAAUUGGGAAGUCCACUCAUAGCCACGUUAAGGAGUCUCAACCAGGCAUGGCGACAUGGUUCGGUUCUAAUCGAGCCACUGAUUUGCGUGGCGUUGAAGAUGGAGAGUUGAGGUUGUGGCAAAGCACGACGGGUAUCAUCCGCGAGGUUGAGCUGUAUGGGUGCGCCGCCGGACUCACCAAAGCAACCACCUCGACAUGGAUUUGUUCCACGACAGUCCGUCAGCAUGUGGUGGCUAGAGGAGGAUCAAACUCGAUGGCGAGCAGCUUGAUUCAAGGUAGUAUCGGGCCCAGUAUGAGAGGGUUGGCCGGCGGCUUGUUAUACGGCGUCAAUCCGGCAAGUUCUGAAGUUGGAAGAGUUGUAGAUUUGGGCUCCCAUCGACAGGUCGCGAUCUUUAAUGAAGGACAACCUAUUGUAUUGUCCAACUCAACACCUGUGACUUUGCGGAUACCACCGUUUGGACAAGUUACAAUUGAUUUGCCGAGAAAAGAGCUACAAGGCAAGGAACUAAAGAGGGACGUGAGAUUGAAGUGAAGCCAGCAAAACAUGUAUUUGGGAGUGAAGUUGGUGGUAACUUCCACGUAGAGGGGCUUAAAGGAUUCGGCCUUCUUGGUGAUUUUGGCAUUAAGUUCCCUUUGAUUAUGAAAAGUUUGGCCGUUACGUACGGUAUCAAUGUCAUUAAUUUGAUCGACAGCGAAGCAUGGUUCAAAGUUGUGGGAGCCAUGAGCAUCAAGGAGAAAAAGUGGUCAAUUGAUGUGUUGAAGUUGAAUUGGAAGUAUCGCAAACGUGGGUGUCGUCGUCCAAGCCUCGUGAUCGUCCAUCACAAGCUACGUGGAAGCUUCUUCUUCAUCGAUCCGGGUUGAGAUGACGCUUAAACUUCGGGGACGAAGUUUUUCAAAGGGGGGGAGGUUUGGUGCAUUAUAGCACCCAUGGGCCUUGGUGUCGCUUAUAUGCUUAGUAAUUAGGAUUAUUAUUAGUUAAUUGUUAAGUUAUUAUGAUUAUUCUUAUUAGUUUAUUAUGUCUUGUUGAGUAAGUUACUGUUUACUUGUUGGGUUGAGAUUAGUUUACCUUAUUUGAGAGGGAAAGGGUUUGUAGAGUAGUUCUAUAAAUAUGUACGUUGUUCUUUGGUUUUAGUACGUUGAUGAAUAAUAAACCAGUUUAGUAGUAUUCGUGGUAAUUUAGGAGUAGAAGUAAAGUAGAUUAUCGUUCUCUCGACGCAUUAGAAAUUAUAAUGCACCAUCGGACCUUUCCACAAGGUUAGGGUUUUGGAUGGAAUUCCUGCUCGUCGUUCUUCCUUUUGCCAGCAUAAUCUAGGAAACUCUAGGUUUCUGGGUUACUCAUAGGUUCCAGUUGUCAAAUUACACUUGGUUACCAUCUACUUGACGUAGUGGGUUGCUUAAUUGUAUGAGUUAAUCAGUUGAUGGCAGUUCUGAGUUGUCGACAUCUUGGCAAAGUUCUAACCGGUUUACUUGAGGAAAUGAAAAAAUGCAAUGUAAUUGGUGGGCUUUAAAAAUUUUGUGUCUUCCUAUUGAUGAAAUGGGUUCUCCUGUUCGGGUUUCUUCCGACUUAGUGGCUGAAUUUGUCAACUCCAGAGUUUUGAGACUGCACAAAUUAGCACAUUUAUGGGAAUGUGAAACUGUAUGCGCAUUUGACUUGGAAGAUUUAGGAAAACAGGUUUGGAGCUAACCAUCUUCUUGUAUUGAAAUUGAGUUGUCUAGAUGAGGCUAAACAAAGUUUCGGAGCUUAUUCACAACUCCACAAAUCGCCAGAAUUUGGGAAGGAAGGAAGUUAAUGCUCAACGACAUGGGAGGGAACAUGACCAAUGGAAGAGAGAGCACAGAAAGAAAGGGACACCUACCUGCCUGCCUCACAACUUGCUAAGCUACGAGCAAGAGACUGCAGAACCAGUUUAGCUAUUUGAUUUUUCUAUAAUUGGUCUCUCGACUCUUCUUUUUUAUUGGUACUUCAGUAAGUCCGUUAAGAGACUGAAUGCUUAAACUUUUUUCCUAAUUACUUAAAUGAUGAGACUUCGUUCCCUUUUAAGUUUUCAAGCAUGUUACUUUAGGUUUUACUUCUGACUUCUAAUAUUAUAUAUAGGGUAAACAUAUCGGUCAAACUUUUAAAAUUAAUAGUUUUCAAGCAU